AAAGACUGCUAUUAUCUUCCUGACAGCUGGGAGAGUUAACUCCUUGUUUUUGACGAAGUCUGAUGGUUAAUUGUUAGCUAAUACAUAAAUAGCUGUAUUUAUUCUGUCGGAAAGGAAACAAUGGAAGUCGACUCAGUGUUCGUCACUGAUCACAGUGGGCGAAUCAGCAGUAACCCUCUGCUGGACCAGCUCCCCAGUUACCAGUCCCUGCUGUACCGCAGGAAGUCGUCAACUGUUGGCUCCAAACAAAGAGGCAGCUCUAGAGCAAGGGUUGGCUCAUCUGGCAGUGGGAAAUGGGGUAUAAACACCUUUGUAAGACAAACCGUGAAACAGAAGAGUCAGACUGAGAAGCGACACAUCAGAGAACUAGCCAAGCCCAUGGCUGAGAAACGCAAACAGAAACGGUGUGCAGAAGAUGCUCAAGAGUUGAGCAGCUGGCAACAGUGGCGACAAAGCACCCGCAAGUAUCUGAGGAGGAUGAGAGAUGAAAGCGAAGAAUGGCUGAGCUCCUUGAAGCUCUGGAGGGGAGACAUCCACCUAAUAGAAGGGAUGUUUGGAACAGGGAUCCUGUCUUACUUCUCCUUUCUGCGCUUCCUGGUCACACUCAACUUUAUCAUCUUUCUGCUCAUGUUCGGUUUUGUCAUGUUGCCCAUCAUCAUUGCACCCCAUGUUUCAGGAAAUAUCACCUUCAGCCAGAAUGAUAGUUACUGCAGCGUGUAUGAAAGUGGCAGUCGUCGAGGUCUUGUUAACUAUCAUAAGUAUAUUACUGAUCUGCUUUCUGGUGAAGGCUUUCUGGAACAGACCUAUCUUUUCUACGGCUUCUACAAUGUGGAAAAAAUCCAUUUCUCCCACAUAACUUAUAAUUUGGCACUGGCAUACCUGCUGGUCACUAUAGGGUACCUCUUCCUCAGUCUUAUCUGGAUUGUUAAAAGGUCUGCCACCGGGUUCAAACAUAAUCUGAUUCAGGAUGAGGAUUGCUUUCAGAGUUUUUGCAACAAGAUCUUUGCUGGCUGGGAUUUCUGCAUCACCAGUGAGAAUGCUGCAAAGCUGAAGAAAAAGACUUUGCUCUAUGAGCUGAAGACUGAUUUGGAGGAUGAGAAGAUCAAGCAGAAAAUAGCAGAGCGCACCCACAAAGAAAAAUGUCGGCUUUACUUCAUCCGUCUCAUCCUGAAUCUUUUCGUCAUUGGUGUACUGGCUGCUUGCUUCUACUGCAUUUAUUUAGCCACUAUCUUCUCCCAGAAAGCCCAAAUGAAUGACCAAAAGGUGAAUUUCAUAGUAGAUCUCAUUUUUGAGUAUCUACCUUCAAUUGUUAUCACCUUUGCCAACUUCAUUACCCCAGUACUUUUCUCUUUUAUCAUCAACUUUGAGGACUAUUCUCCUGCUUUUGAGAUCCGCUUCACUCUUAUGAGGUGUGUCUUCAUGCGGUUAACCAGUAUUGUGGUUUUGCUCUUUUCUGUCUGGUCUCGGAUCACUAAAUGUAAAGAUGAUCCCUGUAUUUGUGGCUACAACCACGAUCUUUACCCUUGCUGGGAAACGCAUGUGGGCCAAGAGAUGUACAAACUCACCAUCUUUGACUUCAUUGUCAUCGUUUCCGUCACCAUCUUUGUGGAGUUUCCUCGAAAACUGCUUCUGAGGUACAGUAAUUCUGCCCUGGCUAAAUGGAUGAGCCAACAGGAGUUUUCUAUUCCUCAGAAUGUACUGGAGAUCGUCUAUGGUCAGACCAUCUGCUGGAUCGGCACUUUCUACUGCCCACUGCUGCCUGCUAUCUGCACCCUCAAAUAUUUCUUUAUUUUUUACAUCAAGAAGGUAUCAUUAAUCAAAAACUGUCGUCCAGCCACACGUCCUUUCCGAGCAUCCAGCUCCAACUUCUUUUUCCUCGGCGUGCUGUUGAUCGGCCUGACUCUUGCCUGUGUGCCUGUCAUAGCUAGUAUAGCACAGAUAAACUGUUCUCGGGCCUGUGGACCUUUUGUUAAUUACGAAACCUCCUGGUACGUGGUGCCAGAUACAGUUUCUCAGCUACCCAAAGGAGUCGAAAAGCUUCUUCGUGCUCUCUCUUCAGAGGCCUUUGCUGUCUCUUUCUUUGUUAUCACAUGUUUGGCCAUGUUUUAUGUGAUUGCACUUGCUGGAGCACACAAGAGGGUCAUUAAUGAACUAAGACACCAGCUAGAAAUGGAGGGCCGCGACCGGCGUUUCCUGAUCCAGAAGCUGUGCCAGGCCCAGAAGCGCUCAGGUGUGAGAUCCCCACAAUCCAAAUUCCAACCCCGCCGCAGCAGCAGCAGAAGCAGUCCUAGCUACCACACUAGCUUCGCCACCAAUUUCAGUGAUGCGGUGUUCCUGGCCCAUGCAGCUCCAAGCUCCUCCACUCAAGUUUAAGGCAAAGGCCUUAUUUUACUGAACAAAGCAGAGGUGCAUGCUUAGACAAUUCUUCAAUUGUCUAAGCAGACAAUUGAACUUUUCAGACUAAUAUCUUAAAUGUGUUUAAUUAACUGUGAAAACACUGCAUUGUAAACAAAUAUCCUGUUCACAGUGCUUCUGACCUUUUCAGUGGGUUUUUUUGCUGUUUGUUUGUUUGUCCAAAAAAACAGUCUGAAUAUUUGUGAAUAUAUGAAUUGACAAUCUCAAAAAUAUUUUUUUCCUUUAAUCAAAACUUUAUUUUUGUUGAGCUGCAGAGUAUUUACUUGCAUGUAAUCUUUUCCUUCUGAGAAGGAUUUCGAUUCUUUUAAACUACUGGACUUGUUUUUAAAACUUUUCUCAAUCUCAUGCACUUUAAAUGUAUUAACGCAGGGUUUUGGGGGUUUGUUUUGUUUUUUUACUACAGCUUCCUUGUUGACUUGUUUAUUUGUGGGUGUUGUUGCAUAUGCAAAUGAAUAUUUAUGACUGUGCUUAAUACAUUUUGAAUGAAAUUACUUUUAACACUACUUUUUACUUAGUUUUAGUACCUUUUUAAAAUAUCUUCUGGACUGUGGGCAUGUUAUUAACAAUGUCCCUGCUCUGGGGUUGUUUGUUUUUUUGUUUUUGUUUUUUGUCAGAUUUGGGUGAAAAUACUCUUGUACUUUCAUGAUGCCUUAAUUUGAUUGUGGGUACUGUACAUAUGAAAUAAAUGUUUUCCUAAGUA